AUGGUCUUCACGAACAUCGCGCUACACGCCCCGGACCAGCUCCGCCAGCGCGUCGCCUGGUCCCUGUCGCAGGUCUACGUCGUCGGCGUCGGCGGCGUCGAGGAGGCGCGCGACGAGGUCGAGGUCUGGCUCAAGUUUUAUGAUAUCUUCGUCGAGCACGCCUUCGGAAAUUUAAGGGACGUCCUGCGCGCCAUCAGCUUCAGCCCCGUGAUGGCCGUCUAUCUCACCUACUUGGGCUCGCGCCAGUUCGACGGCGUCGACCAGUACCCGGACGAGAACUACGCGCGCGAGUUCAUGCAGCUCUUCACCAUCGGCCUCCGCGAGCUCCGCGACGACCAGCGUCGAGCGACGGGAGUGUUUUUUCGCACCUACGACAACGACGAUAUAGCGACGCACGCGCGCGCGUGGACGGGCUUCGACGUCGCGCCGCUGCGCAGCAACGUCGAGGCGAAGCGCGCGGCGAACUACGUCGACGACCUCCGCGUGCACGCGGACCGCCGCGACCCCUUCCCGAAGCGCGACCUCUACGGCGGCUACAUCGGCGACCGGCGGCCGCGCUGCGCGGACCUGGACCCGCUCGGCGCGGGGUCUUUGUUCGUCAAGCACUCGAACACGCCGCCCUUCUUCGCGCGCCACCUCAUCCAGCGCAUGGUGACGUCGAACCCGUCGCCGCGCUACGUGGCCGCGGUCGCGGACGCGUUCCGAUCGGGCGCCUACGACGGCCGGACGUACUCGGGCGCCUACGGCGACAUCGGCGCCGCCGUCGCGGCGGCGCUGUCCGACCGCGAGGCGCGGUCGGCCACGAUUUUAGCGGACCCGACGCACGGCCGCCUCCGGGAGCCGCUCCUCAAGGUGCUGCACUUCGCGCGCGCGAUGGAGCUGUCGCCGACGGGCGGCCGCGAGGUCUCGCUCGAGGGCAUGGACCAGAAGAUCGGCCAGAUGGCCCACGAGGCGCCGAGCGUGUUCAGCUACUACCUGCCGGACUACUCGCCCCAGGGCGCCGUCGGCGACCGCGGGCUCGUCGCGCCCGAG